AUGCGACGCCCAAGAACAGACCAGUUACAGCACUUGGCGCAAAGGCAGGCGAAUGUUGACAAGAAGGCUGUGCCCCUUGACCUCCCCCGUGGGAACUCUGCGGUGGCUGGGCGAGUGUGGGGGAUGGAGAGGCAGUUGAGGGCGGUUUAUCUACUAAAACAACAACAACAACAUAAACAAGGAGGAAGGGCCUUCCGUGACAGCGUGGGAGUAUAUAAGACCAAUGAUAUUCCCUCCCAAGUGUCACCAUCCUCCGACAUGCAGUCCCUGGUUCUGGUCCUAACGGCAGCGGUUGCUGUGUCCGCUGCCCCACAGAGGUACAGCCUGCCCACACCAUCCGGGCCACUCUUGAACCCGGGGAGUUGCGGUAAGGGACAGGUGCGACAUGUGGAUGGCAGAUGCGUGACACCCCAGGUCAACGAACGCGUUUUCCUGUACAAUGCCCCACCAAACCCACAACCCAACAACCCGCCCCCAUACAUCCCAGAACCUCAGGUAGACCGCAACGUGUUGUUCAUCAAACUUGCAGAGAAAAAGGUUCAAGAUCCCAUCGUGGUACCACCUCCAAGGCAGGAUCAGGUGGUGUAUAUCCUCAACAAGCAAUCAAACCAAGAACGGCGUGUAAUCAAAGUGCCCGCUCCCCCCCCCUCGGACCCAGAAGUUUACUUCGUCAACUACGGCGAGGGUGAGAACCCGACUCUUCCCGGAGGAACUAGUCUCCAGAGCGCCCUCACGACCGCCAUCAACGCCAAAGGCCAAGUCAUUACCGGAGGUGCCCUGGGUAAAUCUGGUGGAUUCGGAGGUAGCGGAAGUGGCAGCUUCGGAGGCAGCGGCAGCGGUAGUUUCGGAGGCAGCGGAAGUGGCAGCUUCGGAGGCAGCGGCAGCGGUAGUUUCGGAGGCAGCGGCAGCGGCAGCUUCGGAGGCAGCGGAAGUGGCAGCUUCGGAGGCAGCGGAAGUGGUAGCUUCGGAGGCAGCGGAAGUGGCAGCUUCGGAGGCAGCGGAAGUGGCAGCUUCGGAGGCAGCGGAAGUGGCAGCUUCGGAGGCAGCGGAAGUGGAAGCUUCGGCGCCAGCGGCAGUGGCAGUUUCGGAGGCAGUGGAAGCGGCAGUUUCGGAGGCAGCGGCAGUCUCGGAGGCAGCUUCGGAGGUAGUGGCAGCCUUGGAGGCAGUGGCAACCUUGCAGGUAGUGGCAGCUUCGGAGCCAGCGGCAGCCUUGGCAGCAGCGGCAGUGGUUUUGGAAGCGGAAACGGAUUUGGAAGUGGAAGCAGCUCCCUCGGCAGUGGAAGCAGUUUUGGAAGUGGAAGCAGCUCAAUCGGAGGCGCAAGCGGUAGCAGCGUGGGAGGCAGUAGUGCAUUUGGCAGUAUUGGAGGUGUUGGAGGUGGCAGGAGUGCCCUGGGAAGUAGCAGCACACUUGGUAGUGGCAGCAGUACCGGAAGUGGCGCUAGCGCCUCUGGCAGCGGUAGCACCUUCGGAAGCGGUGCCGUUGACAGCACUUUCGGAAGCAGCAGUGGCAACAGCCUUGGAAGCAUCAGCAGUAACUUCGGAAGUGGCAGCAGCGGUUUUGAGAGCAGCGGUAGAAGCAGCAGCCUUGGAAGCAUUAGCACAGCAGGAAGCAGCAGCGGGGGCAGCCUAAGCCUCAGCGGAUCUGCAUCAUCAGGAGUAACCAGCGGAAGCUUCGGAACGGACUCUGGCUUCGAAAGCACUGCAUCGCGAAGCUCUUUCAGCGUGCCUGCCCUACCCAGCAUCUACUCAACGCCCUAA